AUGAGCACUGCCAAGGAGUUUAUUUCUGCCGAGCGCGUCUCGUACUUGCACUCGGUCGACAAGGUGACUGCGGACCACGCUGACGACUACGAAGCCACCAAGACGCCCGGCGACCUCGAAGACGGUGCGCUCCGUGUCGGCGGUGCCCCGGUGUACACGUCGGCCGAGUGUCUCUCCAUUCUUUUCCAGUAUGCAAUGAUCGGUAUCGUCUACGGCGGCGUCAGUGGCAUGCGCUACGCCGUCGUGAACGGCUACUAUGCUCUCGAGACGAACGUGGCCAACUCGGCCAAGGCGCUUUUGACGCUCGGCUGGUCGCUCAAGGUCGUCUUUGGUGUCCUCAACGACUGCUUCCCGAUCUUUGGUUACCACCGCAAGCCGUACAUGGUCCUCGGCUGGUUUCUCUGCGGCGCCGUCCUCCUCUUCAUUGCGAUCCGCGACAACGGGGAGCAGGGCUCGCAGACCGACGGGCCAGUCUUUAUCCUCCUCGCGACCAUUGCGUGUUUUUGCUACGUUAUGGCCGACGUCGCCCAGGAUGCGCUCAUGCUGGCGGUCGCCCAGCGUGAGCCCGAAGCCGUCCGCGGUCGCCUCCAGUCGCUCUCGUACGCGACGCGCCAGAUCUUUUUGGGUCUCAUCCAGUUUGUGUCGGGCAUCUGCCUCAACUCGGAUCGCUUUGCCGGCGACUUUGACUGGGACAUUGGCAUCAACGGCCGCGUCGACGUUGGCUCGUACUUUGGCAAGUUCUGGGACCUCGCUCAGAAGCGCGCCGUGUGGCAGGUCCUCCUCUUCAACUUCCUCUUUGGCUUGUUCCAGGCGAUCACGUCGACGGCCGGUGACUACGUCGCCUUGUACUGGGCCAAGGUCGAGAACCUCAACCAGCAGAUUGUCGGUGUCGUGACCCAGCUCCUCUUUGCGGCCGUCAUCACGGCGACGGGCACCUAUGGCACGCACUGGAACUGGCGCUACGUGCUCGUCAUCACGAUCCUCGUCACCGUCUCGAUUGACGCCGUGGUCCAGUUCUGCACGAUCUUCGCUGUCCUUCGCAGCCAGUGGUUCUACCUCGGCGUGCCGCUCAUGGAAACGAUUCCGGUCGGUAUCAACUUUAUCGUUGGCACGUACGUCAUUGUCGAGCUCGCCGAGGUCGGCAACGAAGGCGUCAUGUACGGUCUCCUCACGACGAUCUCGAACCUCCCGAGCACCUUUGGCACGAUCAUCACCAACGUCGUCGACAGCCAGCUCAACUACAGCAAGAAGCUCAUCUUCGACGAUGCGCCCGAGACGCGGACGGCCGUCGCGUACUCGUACAUCAUUUCGUACUCGUGCAUGGUGCUCGGCUGCCUCUGGGUGUUCCUCCUCCCGCCGCAGCGCGCCGCCGUCGCCGAGCUCAAGAAGAACGGCGGCAGCCACCCCAAGGUGGCCGCGCUCAUCUUUGUCACGCUCUUUGUCGUGCUCGUCACGUCCAUCACGGGCAGCUUGAUGUCCAUGUUCCCGAGCACGAGCUGCUUCCUUCUCGCGGGCGGCAAGGUGCCGUGCCCGGAAGGCACGCCGCACACGUACCUCGCCAUCAUCUUCGUGCCCGGUGCCAUCGUCGCACUCUUUGCCGCGUACAAGCUCUUCAUCGCCAAGAAGUAG